AUGGGACAGCUACCCGCUGGUCGCGUACGCCCAGGACGACCUUUCUUGAUAACUGGCGUUGAUUACUGUGGACCAUUUUAUUUGAAGCCAGCACGUCGAAACGCAGCUCCAACAAAAGUAUAUAUUGCGGUGUUCGUCUGCUUCACAACCAAGGCAAUGCACCUUGAGAUUGCUAGUGACUUGUCUACCAAAAGUUUCAUUUCGAUCUUGCGCCGAUUCAUCGGCUACCGUGGAAUGCCAGCCGAGAUACAUUCUGACAACGCCAAGAAUUUCUCUGGAGCCCGUAAUGAACUUAAAGAGCUACACGAAAUACUGAAUAACCAGACUAGCUGUAAUGCCAUCUGCAACGAACUUUCUCAGAAAGGAAUUGAGUGGAAGUUUAUCCCACCUCGCGCUCCCAACUUCGGAGGAUUAUGGGAAGCUGCCGUUCGCUCCGUGAAAACUGCGUUGAAGAAAGAGAUAGGUCUUCAACAGCUCAGUUACGAUCAUUUUACCACCCUCCUAGUUCAGAUAACCGCUACUUUAAACUCACGGCCUUUGUCGCCCCUAUCAGAUGACCCCACGGAAUUUGAAGCGCUAACCCCCGCACAUUUCCUGAUUGGCUCAUCCAUGAAAGCUUUGCCCGAACCCAAUUUCAUUUCAAAACCCACAAACCGACUUGACCACUACCAGCAAACUCAGCAAAUGUUCCAGCGUUAUUGGCAACGAUGGAGCAAGCAAUACCUAACGCAGCUACAAGUGGCAACGAAGAACCUGCCAAUGAACACCAUCCAAAUCGGAAGUAUUGCCGUGCUACGAGAGGACAACCUGCCACCGCUUUGUUGGCCUCUAGCGAGGAUCAUUGGAUUACAUCCAGGUUUGGACGGAGUCGUUCGAGUGGUGACGGUGAAAACGGCGACCGGAGUAUACAAACGUGCAGUCAAUCGCAUCUGUCCACUGCCUUUCGAUGAGUAUCAACGAACAAAGACGUCUACGGAACUGCCAACUAUUUGA